UCCAUACAAAAAGACACACCAAACAAAGAAGCCCAAGACAAAAACAAAAACAAAAGCACAUGUUGGCAUCCCUUCGCGGAGCAGUCUCUCCCUCGGAAGAGUUUCCUCCUUCAGUUCCCUUUCCGUCGCGCCAAGGUCGUGUCUUCGUCGAGUGGGACAUCAGUGUAUACAAUGUCAAGAGAAGAACUUGGGGAAGACCUGGAGACGAUAAAGCGCCAGCAAGCAGAAACGCGUCUCAGACUUAGCUUAGCAAAUAGACACAUAAGUACAUUAUAUUCACAGGUGCAAGAUUUGGAGGUGCAAUUCAAAACGGCUAUUAAGCAUAAAAAACACUCGGCAAGGUAUAAUCUACGGCAGAAGCUAGCUGUGAUUAUGGGCCUGAAAAUUGUAUAUCUUAAUUAUUGUGCUGCCAAAUCACAGGAACUAGAAAGGAUUAACCAGACUCUUGAGCGCUUCAUUGGCCGUCAGGAGGAGGCUAUGGACACAGACACAAAUGAGGAGCCUAGUCUUUCCAUGCUCGAGAUGUAAAGUGCUAGCAACUUGAAGAUUUAUUUUAGUGUGUUCUCGUCUAUUUCUGAUGUUUUGCGAUGUGAUUAGGAGGAAGGAAUUACAUGUUUUGUUGUAGUAUAUUUCAAUAUAUAUUUAUUUAUUCUUUGGUGUGUGCUCUUUUUUUCUUUCUUUGUCUUAUGUAGAGAAAUUAGUUGCAAAAAUGGUUGAGUCAGAUAGUGAGUAUGAGGAAGAAGAGACUCUGGUCUUGGUAGAACUUCAUGGAGUCAUUGAUUCCGAGAUUUUUGCACAAGAUUCCUUUGACAAAUUCAAGAUUCUCGCAAUCGAGUCGGAAAGUCCCAUCCUGCAAGUUGAGAACUUCGUCUUCACUGGGGAGUAUGACCACACAAUGGGGACAGCUGUCAUCUUUGAGGAGGAGGAAAAGAAAGUGAAAAAGUGUGAUCCAGUGUUCUGCAAGAAGCCCACCCGGAUGCUCAAGUAUGUAUGCAAAACCAACAAGAAACUCAAUAUGAAACGGGUCUUUGUCUCGGAGAAAUCAGAGGGGAAUGCAGUGAAGUUGAAAAAGGAGAGAAUGGAAGAGGGAGAGAGGGAGGAAGCAAUGGAUUUCUCAGCAGAAGAGGCAUCGGGAGGGCUGGAGCCAGGGAGCGAGCAGCUAGAUGGAGACAGGGAAUACUCAGGUGGAUUUAUAUCAAAGGAAUAAUGUAUAUUCUCUAUUAACAUGUAUGUAUUUCAAACCUUGGCAAUGAACGGAAGUAUUUUAAAGGAAUAUUUCUCUGUGAUUGUAAUUUGUUUCAUGUCAUGUACCAGAGUUUGAGAUGUAAUUUAUUUAUUGUAUCCUAUUUUUAGUUUUGAUUUAAUAAUUAGUAAUAAUGUUAUAUUGCUAAGUGAAAUGUACUCAUAAUGCAGAAAUUCCCAUUGUGUCUUAGCUCUAAUGUUAUUGACACAUGGAGUGCUCUCGGUUUACUUUAAAUACUCUUCACUUCCAUCAUCUUCAUCUUGUCUUUCUUUAAGUUUACUUUCACCCAGAAUAGUUUCCAAUAGUUUCCAAUGUAAACUGUCAGGCUGAAUUAAUGACUAUUCAUUAAAUGUAGUUAUACAUUAUGUUGUCUGUAAGAUCUAAAGUCAUAAAAAUUAGCACUUAC